AUGAACGACUGGAAAGCUCGGGCUGAUCAUUUGAGCAAGCAUUUCCGGGACGGAAAGAAGAUGCUGGAUUGGAGGGGUACGCAUGGUUUCGAGCCACAUGUCGCUUGCCAAGUCACCAACUCGAUGCCUCCUUUCCUGAUCGGUUCUGAGUCAAAGACACCAGUCCCUUUCUCUGCAACCAAGCCUGGACAUUCAGAGCUCCUGGCGCAAAUAAGUUCAAGAGCUGCUCUAAUCGACGUACCAAACAGCAGCAACAUCGUUGUGGCAGAUCCCUCCCCCUCUCCAGAUACGCGUCCGGUGGAAAACAACCAGCAGUUCAAGACAGCAUGGGAGAUUCUAACCUUUCACCUUGGCAGAUUUGCACAGGAAAAGAUCAAGGCAGGCGUCGUACCCACAGAUGAGAUGUUCCAGCAAGAAUCUCGUCGAUUGUGGUUUGACAGUGAUGAUCCAUGGAAUCAGACGUUCGCUGACGACACGCAAUGGAUGGAGAUCUUUCGACAAGAACAUGGUCUACACGAUGGUAACACUCCUGAUGCUGUAUAG